AUGCCAAUGAAGCUUGAUAUUAAAAGAAAGCUUCUAUCAAGAUCUGAUCGAGUUAAAUCCGUGGAUUUACAUUCAACAGAACCAUGGAUUUGUGCUGCACUGUAUAAUGGAAAUGUGCAUAUAUGGAAUAUCGAGGCUCAGCAGUUGAUUAAAACUAUCGAAGUUUGUACAAACCCUGUUCGCGCUGCGAAAUUUGUUGCUCGCAAAAACUGGAUAGUUACAGGCUCUGAUGAUAUGCAGUUGCGAGUUUUCAAUUACAAUACUCUUGAACGAAUUCAACAAAUAGAAGCACAUUCUGAUUAUAUACGAUCUAUUGCUGUGCAUCCUACUCAACCAUUUAUCCUUACAUGUUCAGAUGAUAUGCUUAUACGUUUAUGGGAUUGGGAAAAUAACUGGACAUGCGCUCAGGUGUUUGAGGGUCACAAUCAUUAUGUUAUGCAUAUAGCAUUCAAUCCAAAGGAUAAUAACACGUUUGCUAGUGCUUCUUUGGAUCAUACAGUCAAAGUGUGGAGCCUAGGCUCAGGUACUCCAAACUUCACUUUAGAAGGUCAUGAGAGAGGAGUCAAUUGUGUAGAUUAUUCCACAUCUGGUGAUAAACCUUAUUUGGCUAGUGGAUCAGAUGAUAGAACUGUGAAAAUAUGGGAUUAUCAAACAAAAGCAUGUGUUCAAACUCUCGAAGGUCAUGCUCAAAAUAUCAGCUCUGUUUUAUUCCAUCCUGAAUUGCCAAUAAUUCUUACCGGAUCUGAAGAUGGCACUGUACGAUUUUGGCACGCUAACACUUAUCGUUUAGAGUCAACAUUAAAUUAUGGCUUAGAACGUGUCUGGACUAUGACGUGUCAGCGUGGUAAACAAAUAGUUGGUAUUGGUUAUGAUGAAGGUACUGUUGCUAUAUCUUUGGGUCGAGAUGAACCUGCCAUGUCUAUGGAUGCAUCUGGAAAAUUGGUUUGUGCUAGACAUUCAGAGCUAGUUCAAGCUAAUUUACGAUCAUUGAACUUCAGUGGGGAUGGAAGUGAAAUGAUUCAGGAUGGUGAACGUCUUCCAGUUACUUUCAAAGAUAUGGGUACAUGUGAAAUAUAUCCACAAAUUAUUGAACAUAACGCUAACGGACGUUAUGUGGUUGUUUACGGUGAUGGCGAGUACAUAGUUUACACUGCUAUGGCAUUAAGAAAUAAAACAUUUGGUCAAGGAUUAGAAUUUGUAUGGUGUCAAUUCGAUGCUGGAGUUUAUGCUGUUCGUGAGAGUAAUGCUGUUGUUAAGGUUUACAAACAAAUGAAAGAGGUUCGUACAUUUAAAUUAGAUUAUGGUGCGGAACAAAUAUUUGGUGGACAUUUAUUAGGUGUACGUUCAUUAACUGGUUUAACAUUUUAUGAUUGGUUAACUGGUCGAAUUAUUCGACGGAUUGAUAAUAAUCCAAAAGGUGUUUAUUGGAAUGAAUCUGGUCAAUUAGUAGCAUUAUGUACAAAUGAUACAUUUUACAUAUUACGUUAUUCAGCUGAUGCUGUACCAGAUUCUAAUUUGCCAACAAUCAAUAAUAAUAACCAUGAAGAUAUAGAUGGAUAUGAAAAAGCUUUUCAACUUGUACCAAAUGGUGAAGUCAAUAGUCAAGUACUUAAUGGUCGUUGGUUUGGUGAUGCAUUUAUAUUUACAACACAAGGGAAUCGUUUAUGUUAUUUUGUUGGUGGUGAAGUAUUCACAUUAGCUUUAUUGGAUCGUCCAAUGUAUUUAUUAGGUUAUUUAGCAAAAGAAAAUCGUUUAAUUCUAGGUGAUAGAGAUUUACAGAUUGUUAGUUAUACUCUAUUACUCAGUGUAUUAGAAUAUGAAACAGCGGUGUUACGUGGAGAUUUUACAACUGCUGAUGCUAUUCUACCAAAUAUAUCAAAAGAUCAAUAUACAAAAAUUGCUCAAUUCUUAGAGAAACAAGGUUAUCGAAAACAAGCUAUGCGUGUCACUACAGAUAUGGAUCAUAAAUUUGAAUUAGCUUUACAAUUAGGAGAUUUUGAAUUAUGCCAACAAAUUGCCAUGGAUGGUGAUGCUAAAACAAAUGAAGCUAAAUGGAAACAAUUAGCUGAAGCCGCUUGUAAGGCUUGUAAAUUUAAAUAUGCUGAAGAAUAUCUAUCACGUACAGACGAUUAUGCUAGUCUAAUGUUAUUAGCGACAAGUUCAGGAAAUCGUAAACUACUUGAAUGGAUUGGCAAAGAAGCAGCUACGAAAGGAAAUGAUAAUAUUGCUUUUCUAGCACGUUUUCUUGUCACUGAUUUGGAAGGUUGUCUUGAAUUGUUAACAAAUGCUAAACGAUUCCCUGAAGCUGCAUUUUUUUCUCGUACAUAUUUACCAAGUUAUAUGCCUGAAAUAGUUGAACAAUGGCGUAAUUGGUUAGAUAAAUCAAAUAAAGCCAGUGCAAAAAUUGCUAAUUCUUUAGCUAAUCCAAAAGAUUAUCCAAAUUUAUUUCCAGAUCUUGAGGAGGCUUUAUCCACAGAAAAAUGGUUAAAAGCUGAUAGAAAAGCACGUUUAAAUUUACCCGCUUCAGCUUAUCCAACUCAACAGUUACCAGGUGAUCGUGAUCUUCACGCUGAAAUGCAAAAUAAACCUAUCCCCAUGGAACCAUCAUCAUUUGAUGAUAAAUUACCGUUUCAUGCUAAUUUAAUUUCAACAACUACCAUAAAUAAUAAUAAUUAUAUACCGACUAUUGAAGAACAACAACAACAACAACAGGAAACUAUUUCACCGUCUGUUGUUAUCGCUCCAACAACACUACGAUCGAAUAGUAACAAUCGAAAUGAUUCUGGAGAUAGUGAAUUAGACUCGGUCAAGUUGAUCGGAGAUGAGGAAGAAGACGAAGAAGAGGAAGCAGAUGAAGGAGAGUUGGACGAUGAUGUUGACGAUGACGACGACAACGAGGAGGAGGAAGAGGAAGAGAAUAACAAUAAUGAUCAAGUGGAUGUUGAAGCAGAACAUAUUGAAUCUUGGUACGAUGAUGAUGAUGAUAGUGAUGAUAAUAUCGUCGACGAGAAACGUAGUAGUGAAGUGAAAACCACAUUGUCUGGAAUAGGGAAAUAGUUUAAAUAUAAAUAUUUUCUACUUUAAUAUUGUGAUCAUUGUUAUUUACUACGAAUUGAUUUACUUUCUGUCUAUUAUUGACUUUUUGUUAGUCUAUUGUUCUUCUUUUAUUGGUUUUAUGUAUGUUUAUUUGUAUACUGGGCUUGUUCACCAGUUUUUUGGUUGUUUGUGAAGCGGUUAUGCAGUCUAAUAACAACACAUUUAUACAUAAUAUACACUUGUAUGUAUAUUUUCUCUGUUUUGAUAUUAUAUCACAAUCAACGAUGGUCUCACAAUACAUUGAAACUAGACAUGUACACUAUUGAAUGUCAACUUGUUGGUUUAGAGAUGAAGCGUUCACUCAAGACAAACUAAAAAACACAUUCUUGAUUCGAUUUCUUGUGACAGAGUUGUGGGUUCGCUCUGAUGUAUAGUUCCAUAUCAGUAGGACGAAACAAUUAUUCAAUGCUUCCUGGUGUUAAGUAGCGGUCUAGCUAAGAUUAGUUCAUGAUUUCAAAUAGUAAACGAUCUGUUCCUUUUCAAAAAAGAAUGUUCCAAGUCUAAUUAUUCUUCAGUAUAUUAGUACUUAGCAUAUCGAUAAUUCGUUGUUAAUUGUGUUGGCUAUUUUAUUUGUUUGACUGAGUAUUAUCAGUGGUUAGGAGAUAUUAUUACGGAAAAAGGAGUCCUUGUUUGGUUAGGUUUGAGUGAUUUAAAUACUUAUUACAGGUAUGUAUAUACUUUAUGCUUUUUCGGAUGACGUUAUACAAUAGUAGAUUUCUGACCAUAUACAAAUCUUUCUUAGCAUUGACUACAUUUGGUGAAUCUAUUGACCGCUGAGUUCUCAAUACAGGAGAUAAGUUAGUUGCUGAAUGAAAUUGGCUGCAUUAUACAUGUCAAAUUAUUGAUAUAUUGUAAUGGCUGGGACACGUGUUACGUAUGCCCAACCACCGACUGCCUCGAUGUGCGAUGUUUUGUUGUAUAGGAGU